AUGACACCUGUUUUUGUGCUUGCGUCCAUGGCUAUCUUGGGAGUUACCACCAUCUUGGGAAUCUUCACAAACUGUGUCAUUGUGUCAGUGAAUAUCAUUGAAAAGGCGAAAGGGAAAAGCCUCAGCUCUUCUGACUUAAUCCUGGUGACACUUGGUCUGUCAAACAUCACAUUCCAAUUUGUCAUGACCGCCAAUGACUUUCUGAGCCUUCUGUGGAGUGAACUGUACUUUUCAGAUGGGGUUUAUGCUACCUUAAAUGCCAUGCUCUUUCUUCCUAUCUACUCCAGCUUUUGGUUCACAGUCUGCCUUUGUGUCAACUAUUGUUUACAGAUAGUCAUGUUCACCAAUCCUAUCCUAGUACGCUUCAAACUGGGAAUCCCCAACCUAGUACCAAUAUUCCUUGUUGUUGCAAUUAUUAUUUCAGUGAUUGUCAGUGUUCCAGCUAUAUGGAGCACGUACAGAGACAUCCCAACUGGUAGCAAACCCAUAAACCAGAGUCUGGAAAGUGACAUACCGAAGUUGAGCAUUACAUACUUGAUACCCAGCAAUAUUAUAGGAUGCUCAAUCCCUCUAGUUCUUGUGGGGAUUUCCAAUGGUCUUAUUCUUAAAUCACUUUUGUCUGGUAGCAAAGCGCUUGAGAAGAGCGCCAGCAAUGGGUUUAGUCCACGCACAGAGGCUAGGGAAAGAGCAGCCAAGACCGUUGGUUGGCUCCUGGUCCUCUACAUGUCCUUCUACAUCUCGGAAAUCUUGAUGUUUGUGGACUUCUUUCCUCCCAGCAGCCCUGGAUUUUGUGUCUGUUUAAUGGUCAUUUACCUCUACUCCCCCACACAGUCUGUCAUCCUUAUUCUGGGCAGCCCUAAAUUAAAGAAAGCAAUGCAGAACUUACUCCAGCUGUCCCAGUGCCGGGACAGUAAGCAAACGGAUGCAGCAAAGAUCCUAUUUAUAGAACUCAACAUUCAUAAAGAUCUGGAUCAUUAA